GAGGCAAUUAAGAUGACUGUCAGGCAUUUGAUACCAGAAGCCCCUGUGCAAACUGCUAAAUCAUACGCCAGGGCUACAUCUUAUUGUCAGUGAAUGAUGGCGGAACUGGGUGGCUUGUCAUCAUUCUGGAAAAUUCUGAGGCUAGUGAGCUCUCUCUCCCUCUCCCACUCGCCUUAUUUUCCUUUUCGCCACUGCGGGGACUUUUUCUAAUUUGCAGCUUCCCUUUCCCCGACACACACAGACAGGAGCUGGUGGCUUGCAGACUGCGUCUGUCUGGAGCUAGAGAGUCACAGCCAGCCCGCGGAGAUAAUGCUCAGGGAGAGGGCUUCUGCAGCAGUUCUCAAAGGCUAGACUUGGGUGGUAUCGCUGCAUAUGCGCUGACUCUUCAGCUUGUCUCUAACCGAAGAAACAUUGAUUGAGGACUACUCAUUCAGAAAAUUAAAAGAGAGAAGCCAGAACCUAUUAGCAACCCUUUGAGAACACAACAUAACGAACUUGACCAUUUUACUACUUCUUUGAAUAGGAGAGGUCACAGGGCAUUGAAGAAUGGCAGAUGAUCGGAAAGAUGAAGCAAAGGCGCCUCACUGGACCUCAGCUCAACUAACAGAGGCAUCUGCACACCCACACCCACCUGAGAUCAAGGAUCAAGGUGGGGCAGGGGAAGGACUUGUCAGAAGCGCCAAUGGAUUCCCGUACAGGGAGGACGAAGAGGGCGCCUUUGGAGAACAUGAGUCACAGGGCACCUACUCAGAUACCAAAGAAAAUGGGAUCAACGGAGAGCUGACCUCAGCUGACAGAGAAACAGCAGAAGCAAAAUUAUCCAAGGAGGUGUCUGCAAGGAUAGUUCAAGUAGUCACGGCGGAGGCCGUAGCGGUCCUGAAAGGUGAACAAGAAAAAGAAGCCCAGCAUAAAGAUCAGCCUGCAGCUCUGCCUUUAGCAGCUGAAGAGACAGCUAAUCUGCCUCCUUCUCCACCCCCGUCACCAGCCUCAGAACAGACCGUCGCAGUGGAGGAAGAAGAAGAAGCGCUAGAGAGUCCAAUGGCUGAGGAAGAGAAACCUGCCACUCUUCCUGGGAAAGAGUGUGGGGCUGCCAAGGCCUCAGACCAACACAAGGGCCUCAGUGAGGGCCAAGUGGAGUCUAGUACGGAGGCCCAAAUAGUUCCUGAAGAGAGUGCCCCAGCAGGGGCCCCCCAGGAGGAAAGUGUAAAAGAGGUCACGGAGGUGUCUGCAGAAGUAAAAACCCCUUCCUCUGCCGGGGAAGGUUUACUUACAGCCUCGAAGAUGGAGUUCCCAGAUCAACAGGAAUUGACUCCCUCUCCAGCCGAGCCAUUAGACAAGAAGGAAAAGGAGUCAGAGAAAGAAAGUAAGCCUGGUGAAGACCUUAAACAUGCUGCCUUAGUUUCUCAACCUGAGACAACUGAAACUUCCCCCGAAAAAAAGGACAUGCAAGGCACAGGAGAAGAGCAAGCACCACCCACUCUGUUUGGGCACAGUUUCGAAGCCAGCCUAGAAGAUAUGAAACAGAAGACAGAACCAAGCCUAGGGGUACCUGAUAUUGGCCUUCCUGCAGAGCCCCCAGCUGCAAAAGAGCAAAAGGACUGGUUCAUCCAAAUGCCAGUGGAAGCCAAAAAGGAUGAGUGGGGUUUAGUUGCUCCAGUAUCUCCUUGCCCCCUAACACCCAUGAAGGAAAAAGACGUACUGGAGGAUAUCCCAAAAUGGGAAGGGAAACAAUUUGAUUCUCCCAUGCCAAGUCCCUUUCAGGGUGGAAGCUUCACUCUUCCUUUAGGUGUUGUGAAGGAUGAAGUCAUUGCAGAAGCAUCACCCUUUGCCCCUGCCCUAUUACAGCUGGAUGACAAAAGAUCUCUGGAAGAAACUGGUAUCCUAGGGACAACCAAAGAUAGUUCUAAAGUUGAAGAGCUUCAGAAGGAUCAACCUGACAAAAUGACAGAAACACCAGCCUCAGAGGCAAUUACCUCACCCAAAGAUGCUCACAUUUCAAUUGUGGAAGAAUGUGUCCCAGAGAGAGUUUUAGAAGAGAAAGGGGCAAUAAAGCAAGAGAGUAUGCAGAUAAAAGAGACUCCCACCCUCAUUGGACAGGAACCUACACUUACUGAAAAGGAACCUCACCUAAAACUCGAAGAAAAACCUACCGUAUCUGACAAAGAAGCCACACCUAAAGAGAGCGAACCCCCAAAAUUGACAGAUGAAGAAAUAGGUGUAAUUCAGCCCUCCACAGAGCACACUUACUCAAAAGUAGACCAGAAAGGCCAGGAACCUACCACAGAUAUACCAAAACAGGACUCAUUCCCUGUAAGUUUAGAGCAAGCAGUUACUGAUUCAACCAUGACCUAUAAGACACUGGAGACAGUCAUGACCGAACCAGCUGUACUGAGUGAAAAGAGUGCAGCCCAGGAGCCUUUUGAAGAAAAAGUUGCUGACAAAGACAGUAAAGUUGAAGCCGUUGGAGCUGUGACAUCAGCUGAGCUUGACAUGCCAUUUUAUGAAGAUAAGUCAGGAAUGUCCAAGUACUUUGAAACAUCUGCUUUGAAAGAAGAAGUGACAAAAAGCAUCCAGCCAGGCAGUGAUUACUAUGAACUGAGCGACACAAGAGAAAGUGCCCAAGAGUCUUUUGAUACCGUGUCUCCCACAUAUAAAAAUGGCGACAAGGGUCUUCCGGCAGAUAGAGAAUCCCAGCCCAGCGUUCUAGCACAAGAGGCAGGGUAUAGCACUCUUGCACAAAGUUAUCCAUCUGAGUUGCCUGAAGAACCCAGUUCUCCUCAAGAAAGAAUGUUCACUAUUGAUCCAAAAGUGUAUGGGGAGAAAAGGGAUCUCCACAGUAAGAAUAAGGAUGAUUUGACACUAAGCAGGAGUUUAGGACUUGGUGGUAGGUCUGCAAUUGAACAAAGAAGCAUGUCAAUCAAUUUGCCCAUGUCUUGCCUGGAUUCUAUCGCCCUUGGAUUUAACUUUGGUCGGGGGCAUGAUCUUUCUCCACUGGCCUCUGAUAUUCUAACCAACACUAGUGGAAGCAUGGACGAAGGGGACGAUUACCUUCCAGCCACAACGCCUGCAGUGGACAAAGCCCCUUGCUUCCCAACAGAAAGCAAAGAAGAAAAAGAGCAGAUAGAGGGAGAGAAAGCUCCAGGAGAGGAAAGUACCCAAGUGGAGACAACGUGUGAGUCACCUUUCCUAGCCAAAGAUUAUUACAAAAAUGGCACUGUCAUGGCCCCUGACCUGCCUGAAAUGCUGGACCUGGCAGGCACAAGGUCAAGAUUAGCUUCUGUGAGUGCAGAUGCCGAGGUUGCCAGAAGGAAGUCUGUCCCAUCAGAGACUGUGGUGGAGGAGAGCAGCACUGGCUUGCCCCCCGUCACUGAUGAGAACCAUGUCAUUGUUAAAACUGACAGUCAGCUUGAGGACCUGGGCUACUGUGUAUUCAAUAAAUACACAGUCCCACUCCCAUCACCUGUCCAAGACAGUGAGAAUUUAUCUGGGGAGAGUGGGUCCUUUUAUGAAGGCACUGAUGAUAAAGUGCGGAGAGAUUUGGCCACAGAUCUUUCAUUGAUUGAAGUCAAACUGGCAGCUGCUGGAAGAGUCAAAGAUGAGUUCAGUGCUGAGAAAGACACAUCCCCACAUAUCCCUGGUGACAAAUCGGGACUGGGUAGGGAGCCUGAUCAGGAGAGGAAAGCUAAUGAUAAGCUGGAUACUGUGCUGGAAAAAAGCGAAGAACAUGCUGAUUCAAAAGAACAUGACAAGGAAAUGGAAGAGGCGGGGGAUAAAGUUGAAACUUUUGGGUUAGGAGUAACCCUCCAGGAAUUGUCAGCCAAAGAACUGACUGUAUCAAAAGAUGCAUCACCUCUCGUGGCUGAGAAAGUGGAGAAAGUUCUUAGUUCAGUGCCAGAGGCAGCUGAGGUUGAACCAUCUAAAAAAGCUGAACCAGAACUAGAUUUUGCUGCAAAGAAAGCUGACCAGGGUCAAUUAGAUGUUAAAAUCAGUGACUUUGGACAAAUGGCCUCAGGGCUAAACGUAGAUGCGGGAAAAGCAACAGAGCUGAAACUUGAGGCUACCCAGGACCUCACGCCUUCAUCUGCAGCACCUCAGGAGGCAGAUGCGUUUAUGGGAGUUGAGUCUGGCCACGUGAAAGAAGGCAUCAAAGUUAGUGAGACAGAAGUCAAGGAGAAGGUGGCCAAGCCUGACCUGGUGCACCAGGAGGCGGUAGACAAAGAAGAAUCCUACGAGUCCAGCGGUGAGCAUGAAAGCCUCACCAUGGAGUCCUUGAAAGCUGAUGAGGGCAAGAAGGAAACUUCCCCAGAAUCUUCUCUAAUUCAAGACGAGAUUGCCAUCAAAUUGUCUGUGGAGAUUCCCUGUGCACCUGCUGUUUCAGAAGCUGAUUUAGCCUCAGAUGAGAAAGCCGAUGUCCAGAUGGAAUUUAUUCAGCCGCCAAAAGAAGAAAGCAAAGAGACCCCAGAUAUAUCUGUCACCCCCUCCGAUGCUGCAGAGCCAUUGCCAGAAGCCGCCAGAGCGGAACCAGCAGAGGCUCCGAGCGAGGAAGAAGAGAUAGAAGCCCAGGGAGAAUACGAUAAGCUGCUCUUCCGCUCAGACACCCUUCAGAUUACCGACCUGGGCGUCCCAGGUGUCAGGGAGGAGUUUGUGGAGACGUGCCCAGGUGAGCACAAAGGAGUGAUUGAGUCCGUUGUAACAAUCGAGGACGAUUUCAUCACUGUAGUGCAAACCACAACUGAUGAAGGGGAGUCGGGCUCCCACAGCGUGCGUUUUGCAGCCCUGGAGCAGCCUGAGGUGGAGAGGAGGCCAUCCCCCCGUGCCGAAGAAGAGCUGGAAGUCGAAGAGGCAGCUGAAGCCCAGGCUGAACCCAAGGAGGGCUCCCCAGAGGCUCCGGCUUCCCCAGAGAGAGAAGAGGUUGCACUCUCAGAAUACAAGACAGAAACCUAUGACGAUUACAAAGACGAGACCACUAUUGAUGACUCCAUCAUGGAUGCGGACAGCCUCUGGGUGGACACUCAAGAUGAUGAUCGGAGCAUCAUGACAGAACAGUUAGAAACUAUUCCUAAAGAGGAGAAAGCUGAAAAGGAAGCUCGGAGACCAUCUCUUGAGAAACAUAGAAAAGAAAAGCCCUUUAAAACCGGGAGAGGCAGAAUUUCCACUCCUGAAAGAAAAAUAGCUAAAAAGGAACCUAGCACAGUCUCCAGAGAUGAAGUGAGAAGGAAAAAAGCAGUUUAUAAGAAGGCUGAACUUGCUAAAAAAACAGAAGUUCAGGCCCACUCUCCCUCCAGGAAAUUCAUUUUAAAACCUGCUAUCAAAUAUACUAGACCAACUCAUCUCUCCUGUGUUAAGCGGAAAACGACAGCAGCAGGUGGUGAAUCAGCUCAGGCUCCCAGUGUAUUUAAACAGGCAAAGGACAAAGUCUCUAAUUCUACCUUGUCAAAGAUUCCUGCCUUACAGGGUAGCACAAAGUCCCCACGAUGCAGCUCAGCCAGCCCUAGUACGACUAAAAGGGCUACAUUUUCUGACAGUUUAUUAAUACAGCCCAGCUCAGCGGGCUCCACAGACCGUUUGCCAUACUCAGAAUCAGGGAACAAGGAUGGAGUAACCAAGAGCCCAGAAAAGCGCUCUUCUCUGCCGAGACCGUCCUCCAUUCUGCCUCCUCGCCGGGGUGUAUCGGGAGACAGAGAUGAGAACUCCUUCUCUCUCAACAGUUCUAUCUCCUCCUCAGCACGGCGAACCACUAGGUCAGAGCCAAUUCGCAGAGCUGGAAAAAGUGGUACUUCAACACCCACUACCCCUGGAUCCACCGCCAUCACUCCUGGCACCCCACCAAGCUAUUCUUCACGCACACCAGGCACUCCUGGAACCCCUAGCUAUCCCCGGACCCCUCACACACCAGGAACCCCCAAGUCUGCCAUCUUGGUGCCCAGUGAGAAGAAAGUCGCCAUUAUACGUACGCCUCCAAAAUCUCCCGCGACUCCCAAGCAGCUUCGACUUAUUAACCAACCACUGCCAGACCUGAAGAAUGUCAAAUCCAAAAUUGGAUCGACAGACAACAUCAAAUACCAGCCUAAAGGGGGACAGGUUAGGAUUUUAAACAAGAAGAUCGAUUUUAGCAAGGUUCAGUCCAGAUGUGGUUCAAAGGAUAACAUCAAACAUUCUGCUGGGGGCGGAAAUGUACAGAUUGUUACCAAGAAGAUAGACCUGAGUCAUGUGACCUCCAAAUGCGGCUCCCUGAAGAACAUCCGCCACAGGCCAGGUGGUGGGCGUGUGAAAAUUGAGAGCGUGAAACUGGAUUUCAAAGAAAAGGCCCAAGCUAAAGUCGGUUCGCUUGACAACGCUCACCACGUACCUGGAGGUGGAAACGUCAAGAUUGACAGCCAAAAGCUGAACUUCAGAGAGCACGCGAAGGCCCGUGUGGACCAUGGGGCCGAGAUCAUCACGCAGUCCCCGGGCAGGUCCAGCGUGGCGUCCCCCCGGCGGCUCAGCAACGUCUCCUCUUCCGGAAGCAUCAACCUGCUCGAGUCCCCUCAGCUUGCAACCUUGGCCGAGGACGUCACUGCCGCACUCGCUAAGCAGGGCUUGUGAGAUACUUCUCACUUAGCGUUGAAGUAAUACUAUUUAGGCAUGAGCGCUUGGCAGGAGUGGGCUCUGAGCAGGUGUUAUAUUCAUUCUUUACAAACCAUGAAAUAAAUAAUCUCAUUUCCAAACUGUAGUAAUUGUUACCAUUUUAUAAAAAAAAAUUGAAUAGUAUAUGCAGAAAUUGACUUGAUUUCCAUUUGCAACAGGAAGACACUGGCUUUACAUGAGUACAAUUGGACAAUUAUUUUUGCUCUGCUCUGUUUUGCAUGGAGUAUUAUUAUUUUAAAAAUUGCAUUUCUACCUUUCAUGUGCCUGAAGGCUGUCCACUACAUUCUGAAAAGCCUUGUUAAAAAUCCGAGCUGCUCAUUUCACUAUUCUGUUGCUGGGUCAAAAGAUAAAAGCUGCCCAUUGUAACUUAUUACAGGUUAAAUUAAAUCAAGGAGGCUGAUUGCAGAAAGGGAAGAGCAUGUAAGAAAUAAGCUUUUUUUUUUAAGCGUUAUUUUGUAUAAAUGGGAAGAAAGAUUCAAUUAAGUUAUUAACAUUUGGGACCUGGAUAGUUAUAUCAGAGUAUAAGUCAAUCCAAUAAAUUAUUUAACUAAUUAAAAAAUAGUUACAAAGCAUCUGAGCUGUGGUUGAGGAAGUGGUGUAAAGUGCAUCUCUUAGGAAUGAAGCACUUUCGUUAGGAUGGACUCGUGUCUGAUUAGAAUGUCAGUUGAUCAGCUAGAUUUGUGUCCACACUACCAGUUUCACAUUCCCUUUCCAUCUGUCUGAUACAGUAUUAUAGAUAUAAAUAUAUAUAUAUUUCUCUGUGGCCAUUUGUGAUACUUCCUCAUAUACUUGAAUAUUAUACUUCCUUAUUCACAGUAUCUGUGUCUCCUGCACCCUUUGGUGUUGCAAUUUUAGGUAUGUGAAAGUAGAUGUUAGCAAGGUUCUUUCCCUAUUUAAAAAAAAAAAGUUAAAAAAGACAAAAAGUUUUAGCAUGAAGUUGCUUUCUGUAACAACUCAAAGCUGUUACCCUGUUUUAGUGCCAGAUACAAGUCUCUCCCGUGAUGCUAGAAAAAUGUAUUUUUCUUUACUUUCACCAACAUGGAAUUUGUGGGGGUGGGUCCAGUUAUACAUAAAAGGGUUUACAGAUUGUUGGUUUAGGAUUAUGGAUUUAUCUUAUUUUGAAUCAUGGAAUAGUUUGGGUUUUAUUCCUGUAAUCAUUCAUGAAACAGACUUCUUAAGAGUUCUUUUCCUUUUUUUUUUUUUCCAUUUGCUAAAGUUGAAACUUAUAGUGGGAGUUUGGGGCACGUCACCCCAUUCUUACAAAUAGUACCUGUUUAUUAAAUUAUCUAACAGAAGUAUUUGGCUUUCUUACCCAAAGUCGAGAUCCCUUGACCUGAAGAGAAAUAGAUGGUAUUUUGAGAAGCUGUAGGUACACAGCAUUGGAGAUGCAGAUAUCUAAAUCUGUUUUUUCAGGACUCCAACAUUGCACUCUAUAAAGCAACACUGUAUUACUUACUAUUAUUUAUCAGUAGAUAAUACUAUUCUGACUUUAUAUAUAGUCCAGAAAUCGCAAAUCAGUUAUUUCUUCUCACAAAUCAUUCAUCUUAGAUUUAUGAAUAAGCAAUGAAAUAGUCAAUAGCCUGAAUAAGGCAAUGAGUUACCAGGAUGGAUGGAUGCUUUUUAGUAGUUUAUCUGUUUUGUUUUGUUUUUUUUUCCUUGCUCAGGGCUGGUAGGCUGGAUCUAAACAGUUAAAGGCAAAUGGUCCAGUAGUUGUUUGGUCCCUUUGAGCCAAAUCAGUUCUCAUAUAUAAAGGAGGAAAUGAUGAACAUGGACUGAGGCAACAAGCUAGGAUAUAGUAGCAUCUUAAAAAGAAGCCAAGGGAUGCAAAGACAGAAAGACACGGAUCCCAUUUUGUGACCCAUUGGACACUGCAACCAAUGUGACUUCCAUAAAAGAAAACUAAGAGCAAAAGUGCACCAUUCAUUCUCAACUAAGAGGUUUUACGUAGGCAAACGUUUCUGAAGCGAUUUAUAGGUCAGUUAUUUUAUAGCGCAGUCAAAAACUUAGAGAUGACUAAUCAGGCCUAUGGAUGUGUCUAUUUUCUGCCUGAUAAUUGCUGUGAGUUUUGGUUUGACCAAUCUGGGCAUUUUAUUUUAUUCAUCAGCUUCCCUUGAAAUGCACCAGAAAAUAGGAGAAGGAAGAAUAGCUGUGUGGAGGCUUAUAGUAUUUUCUUAUGUGUUUGAUAGUGUUAGAUAGUGAUUAAAACUCUAGAAAGAAGUUAACAGCUGAUUAGAACAGUUUUAAACUGUGAAACAAGUAUUUUUUUUCAAACUGGUUUAAAAUGUUUAUGAACACUAAGAAUGAGUAAACAUGCUCUACAUAUUAAAAUAUUUCUUACAAAUACAUGUCUAAAAGAUUUUUUGAAGUACCAACAAAUUAGAUUUGGCAUUAAAAUAAAUGUUUGCUUCAAAUCACAGCAAAAUUAUAAUGAUUUAUAAAAAUAUAAAUGCCCUUGCUUUGUAUAGAAAUGCAGUUCUUUAUAAAAAGUUAACAAAAUGAAACUGAUCAUUUUGUAAAAGAGGGAAACACAGGCUAAAUGUCUUCUUAUGGGAAGAAAGGGUGGAACCCAUCUUGCCUUCACUCUCAAGAUUAACGACACAAAUUAAGCUUUUUGAACACCACUCUUGUGGGGACAUCCAUACGCUGAUCUAGAAAUCAAAGCUUCAUAGUUCCACUUCUAGAUCUAUUAAUGCCAGUUUCUCUCUGGCUUUAGCCUUUGAGAACCUGUUUAAAGAUACAUAAGUAAUCCAGAGCUGUGAAGAGUUAAAAGGCCAACUCUCUCUCUGGGUCACCUGCAGCCAAUAAUUGGGUACCUUACAAUGAUGCAGGAGAGAUCCGAGUUCAUGAUGAGUUUCAAAGGCCAUGUUCAUUUAGGAACCAACUCUCUCUGGAUUCUCCUGCUGAGUUCCAGCAGGGUGAUGGGCUGAAAUCCCACCCACAAGCGAGACACCUGUGUAACACCAACUAGGUAUAGCUGAAGAAGGCUGAAGCGGGCCCUUGGUUAAAUGGAAACAUGGACUAAUGGUAGCUGGCCUUCUCCACACACUCAUAGAGUCAUAUAGAAGGAAAUGGGACUAUCAGCCAAAAUAUAACAUCACGUCAAUAGCAUUAAACAAAUAAUCUCAAUAUGGUUGAUUCUGACAUAGUUGCAACUAUAGUAUUUUCUCCUAUUUUUUCAUGCCACACAAAGGAGGAAAGUAAACUAUUCAUGGUCUAAGUAGCCAGAAAAGAUAGAUUUAUGGCUUGCAAAGGCAAAUUCUAGGCAUUCCUUCAAAGAUUGAUGCACUAAAAUCAGCACUGAUGUUUGGUUUUUCACACCUAGGAUUUUUAGCCUGGGUAUGUAGGUUGAGGCCAAGUCCCUCUGCAGGAAAAAGCUUAUUUUUAAACUCAGAAAAUGUCAAUCAUGGAAAUCUACUUCAACUUUAGCAAAAAGAAAAAAAAUCAACAAAAAGUAUACUCUGUAUGCUGGGAUUCCAAGGUUCCAACAUGCCGCUACAAAUCUGUGGGGGGUUUCUUUCUUCUGAUAAUUCUAGAGCCUGUUACCAUAGAAAGGCAUUUCUCCAAUGGCUGGUUGUAGUUAGUUCAUGUUUUUCAAUCAAAAUUUGCAAAUGUAUUUGUUGCUGUAUAGUGAUUGUUUUGCAAAAUAAAAUUGCUUGUCACCUAAC